AUGCCUUCCAGAAUAUCUUCUCGUGUCAUUGGAAUUGACGUUGGAGGAACCAAUACAGAUGCAGUUAUCUUACAGAAUGAUAAUGUAUUAGCAUGGCAUAAGACACCAACAACCCCAGAUAUUCAAGAUGGUGUUGAACAAGCAAUUGCUGCUGUCAUAAAAAAUGCUCAAAUCUCGAAGGAUAGUAUAGAUUUCAUCAAGAUUGGGACGACACAAUUUGUGAAUGCAGUCCUCGAACAAAAUGCUUCUAAAUUAGAUAAAGUGGCCGUUAUAAGGUUAUGCGGUCCUUACUCGAGGGGCUCACCACCAUUCGUUGGUUUCCCUGCAUCAUUAAGGCAGUUAAUGGAAGGUCACUAUGGCUAUGUGGAUGGUGGCCUACAAGUUGACGGAACCCCGAUAUCCGAAGUAAACGUUCAACAACUCAGAGAACAAGCUUCAAUUAUCAGAUCAAGAUCAAUAUCAAGUGUUGUGGUUAUUGGAAUAUACUCUCCAUCCAACCCAGCUCAAGAGGAGUUUGCUCGACAGAUCCUCGCUGAAGAAUUAGGCUCGGAGUAUGAUAUAUCAUGUUCAUAUACCAUUGGAAGAUUAGGAUUUCUUGAGCGUGAGAAUGCUAGCAUUUUAAACGCCAGUUUGAGACGAUUUGCCCGUCAUGUCAUUGCCGGCUUUGCACAUGCGGUGCAUGACCUUAAAAACGCCAGCUUAUAUAUUACACUAAAUGAUGGAACUUUAAGUAAAGCAUCAAUAGCUGCAGAGCAUCCAGUGAGAUGCUUUUCCUCCGGUCCAACAAAUAGUGCCAGGGGCGCGGCACUUCUGGCAAAGAACGAAUGUAUGGAUCUUGAGGGCGAUAGCGAAGUUCUAGUGGUGGAUGUUGGAGGCACUACCACUGAUAUUUGCGCUCUUCUCAAAUCCGGUUACCCAAGACAAUCUGCUGCCUUUGUGAAAAUCGCAGGGGUUAGGACCAAUUUCACUAUUCCCGAUGUUUAUAGCAUUGCCUUGGGUGGAGGGUCACUCAUUCGCACAACGUCUUCAGGGAAAACAACAGUUGGUCCAGAUUCUGUUGGUCCCAAAUUAGAAAUGGAGAGUAUCGCAUUUGGUGGAAAAACUUUGACUGCUACUGAUCUUGUAUUGUCGAACGAGAGAACCGAUAUCAUUCCGGACGAACUCAGAAUCGGUGGACAUUCUGAAAUUCAACGGGCUUUGGAAGAUGCGAUUGAUCAAGUGAAAACAAAACAAGGAUAUGCUACAGUUAUUCUUGUAGGCGGAGGUAGCAUAAUUGUAGGGAAGGAUAUUGCCGGGGUAGGAGAAGUAAUCAGACCAAAAUAUUUGGAAGUCGCAAAUGCAGUUGGAGCUGCUAUUGGGAAAAUUAGCGGGCAUGUUGAUACUGUCGUUACACCCGGGGAAAGGACCAUAGAAGAAGAAAUUGAGGAGGCAAAACUACUGGCAAUUCGAAGAUGUGUCGCUGCGGGCGGCGACGAAAAAACUAUCGAAGUUGUGGAAGUCGAUACACUACCUAUUAAUUAUGUUACAAAUGGAUCUACGCAGUUGGUCGUUCGAGUGGUUGGUGAUUUACGCAAUACCGGAGAAAAAGUUCAAGAUCUUGAGACGAUGCCAAUAACGAUGUCGACAUUCAAACCUAGGAGAGCAGAUUCUGGAUAUAGUGCAAGUGGCUUGGAUAGUCCUGUGGAUACGAAAGCUUCAACCUACGAUAUUCUUGAGCAUGUUGAUCUAGAAUCCUAUCGUCCACGCAUCGAAGGUGAUAUAUGGCAUCUUUCGGAAAUCGAUCUCAAAUUCCUUAUGGAUGGUACAGGAGUAUUGGGCGUAGGGAGUUGUGGUGAACCAUAUCCAAGUUAUAUUGCUUGUUUGAUUGCUUUAGAGAGUGGUGAAGGGCUGAGGAUUCGAAGACAAGAUACUCUUCCUGAUGAUGCAUUAAUUAUGUCAGCAGGAUUUAUGGGUUCACCAACUGUAUACCUGGAACGUAUACCCGGUUUGAACGAAAUUACCGAUACAGUCAAAGCUCUUAUGUCAGCCACAGGACAUUCCUCAUUCGAUGCAACUAUACCUAACGAAAUCGGUGGGAUGAAUUCUUUUGAAGCCCUUCUCACUGGUCAUCGAUUCGGAAAACCUACUCUCGACAGCGAUUGUGUAGCACGAGCAUAUCCUAUGGUUUGGCAGACAGUCAGAUGUUUAAAUGGUGUUUCAGUUACUCCAGCUGCUGUUGCCAAUGGAUGUGGGGGAACGGAAGUUUUCGUAGAUUCAAAGGAUGCCGAAGAAGCAGAACUUCUCAUGCGGGAUGCAUGCACGAAACAAGGUUCAUUGUCAGGAAUGGUGGUCAAUCCAAUACGUGGCGAAGAAGCAAGAACACUGCCUUCGAAUAGUUAUUCAUGGGCUUGGCAAAUCGGUCGUUCAAUUGCAAUCGCUCGCUCCAAGAAAGUUGACCCGGUCAAAGAUCUCAUGCGAACACAAAAUGGCACUAAAUUAUUCACCGGUAAAGUCGUGAGUCUUACGAGAAAGGUAGCAGAAGGUUUUACUCGAGGUAGUGUCUUGUUGGAUCAAAUUACUUCUUCUACAUCAACCACCUCUACUGGUGAAAAAGUUACCUCAUCACUAUAUGUCGAAUUCGAGAACGAAAAUCUUUGCGCUAUCUUAAAGACUCCCGGGAAAAAAGAUGAGGUUUUGGCAGUGUGUCCGGAUUUAAUCGUUGUGCUGGACAUGGCAAAUGGAGCACCACUAGGAAUUUCGGAUUAUAAAUACGGACUCAGAGUAAGCGUCAUCGCAUUAAAGGCACCAGAGGUCUGGACCACAGAGGAAGGAUUGAAAAUGGGAGGACCAAGAGCUUUUGGUUUGGAUAUGGAUUAUGUUGGUGUGUGUGCGGAAAGUCAAUAUGAAGCUCCGAAAAGUGUUUGGGAACUCUUUGGGGAUAAGGUGUAA